GGGCGGCCAAACACGGGAGGUUCUGGCUGGCUGGCUGUCGCGGGGCACGCCGGGAUCGGAGAGGAGGUUGCUGUCGCGGGGCAGGCCGGGAGCAGCGGGGCGGGCUGUGUUUCGGGGGCCCCAGCGCAGGGCUUGUGGGUCGGCCGUUGGAGGCGGCGGUUGGGCUUCUCCUGCUGCUUCUUCCCGGAGGAGGGGAUGGCGGACGCGGCGGCCUCCCCGGUGGGGAAGCGCCUCCUGCUGUUGUUAGCGGCCGGGCCUGGCGAGGGAGAGGGCGAGGCGUCGGCGGCGUCGGGAGCUGGGCCUGGGCCUGCGCUGCCCUCCCGGGCCUGGAGGAGCGGCACCGUCAGGGCCAUGAGCGGGGCUGUGCCUCAGGACUUGGCGAAAUUCUGGAAUCCAUUGCAGAUAUUUGUGGAAUUUGACCGGUGCAGCUGGAAUCAGCAUGCUUGGGUAAAGGUUCAUGCGGAAGAAGUGAUCGUUCUGAUGCUGGAAGGAUCUCUAGUUUGGAUUCCUCGGAAUGAGCCAGUUCUGCUUCAGGGAACUAGAGUGUCAGUUGAGCAUUGGCCUGCAUUGACUUUCACUCCUUUAGUAGAUAAGCUGGGUUUAGGUUCUGUGGUUCCAGUAGAAUCCCUUGUAGAUCGAGACUUGAGAUUCCUGUCUGAUGCCAGUGGAUUACGCCUCUUCCAGAUGGCAACAGAAAGUCAGAACCAAUUUCUCCAGCAAGAACCUAUAUUGAGGGAAGCUGUCAAUACAUUGAUCAGUGAUCAGAAGCUCCAGGAGAUAUUUAGCAGAGGUCCUUAUACCAUCCAGGGGCAACGUGUAAAGGUGUAUCAGCCAGAAGAGGAAAAUAGCUGGGUCUCUGCUGUAGUGAGCUGUCAAGAUCCUAUCACUCGUCUGAUGGAGGUGGUUUUGACUGAGACUGGUGAAAUCAAGUCAGUUGAUCCUCGACUGAUUCAUGUCGUGAUGGACACUUCUGCUUUGAAUGAGGGAGGCUCUCUAAAGGCUGCUAAAUCCUCAAAGGGGAAAAAGAAGAAAGAAAGUGUAGAAGGAAAAGAUGGACGAAGGAGGAAGAAUGCUUCUGAAGCUGGAUGUGAUCAUGCAACUAAGAAACUAAAGGAAAGGGGUGAAGUGGAUAGUAAUGGAAAUGAUGGAGGUGAGGCAACCAGGGGAGCUUGGCAAGCAAGUCUCGGUGGUGAUGUGGCUCUGGAUUCACAAGACACGCAGCUUCCGCCUUUUGGUCCUCAAAUUAAUCGUGGUAUACGUUUUGCCACAUACACAAAGGAAAAUGGACGAACUCUUGUGGUCCAGGACGAGCCAGUAGGUGGUGACACACCUGUGCCCUUCACUUCCUUUUCUUCAGCUACUGCCCAAGCACUGCUGAGUGGAGCAGGGAGUCAAGAAAUGGCAAAAUCUUUAGAACCAACCAGUCAAGGCCCAGUGGCUGCCCCUGCGGUAAUUACAACAUCUGGGACAACACCAACAACUAUGAGGCCAUCAGAUACUGGUCUGCCACCAAUCCCUGGCCAGGAAAAACAGAAAUCAGGUUGUUUGCAAACCCAGGGAGAGAAUUCCCAAAGUUUAAUAUCGGCUUCUCCAGGAUUUGGAAUGGCACACUCAAGUGCUUCUCAACCUUUGCUGUUUGACAGUGGACGCAGCCAGUCCAAUGGAGUAGUCACCCCAGAGAAGAAGCCUGUUGGAUUUCCAUUUAGUAGUAGCAUUGGUCAUGAAGUUCAGAAAGAUUCUGAUUUGUCAAAGAACUUGUUUUUUCAGUGCAUGUCUCAGAAUCUUCCUUCCAGUAAUUACUUCACAACUUUGUCUGAGAAUCUGGCUGAAGGACCCACUAAUCAGGACUCAUUAAAAAAAAGUUCAGAGAGCCUGAGUUUGGGCGUCUGCAAAGGGAAAAGUCUUACAGGAGAAAUUAAACUUGGGACUCCAUUGGGCACUUCUGUGGAGCGGAAACUUCCAGGGGAGUCCAUGCCCACUCUUACACCAGCUUUUCCACGAAGCCUCAUGAGUACACGACCUCCAGAUAAUCAUGAGAAUCUUUUUUUGCAGCCCCCGAAACUGUCACGAGAGGAACCCUCAAACCCUUUCCUGGCAUUUGCCGAGAAAUCAGAACUCAGUCCUUUCAGUAGUUUUGCUUCCUCAUCUCAGCCAGGAGUAUCUGCUAUUCCCUCUUCAGUUCUUGGUUCCAAGACAACUGCUAGCUGGCCAGAUUUGCACACCUCAGCUGACUCUUUAGCUAAAAAGAAAAGCUUGUUUAUAACAACAGAUUCCUCUAAAAUGGUCUCCAGUGCACCUAGUUCAACUCUCUUUGCUGGCGUUCAGGCUUCAUCUGCAUUAGGGAAUGGCCGUUCCAGCUCACCUGUCGGCAGCCUGACACAGCCUAUUGAAAUGCCCACGCUCUCUUCCAGUCCCACAGAAGAAAAACCAUCUGUUGGACCUGGGCAACAGGACAAUCCUCUUAUGAAAACUUUUUCUAAUGUGUUUGGCAGACAUCCAUCUGGCUUUUUCUCGUCACAGGCAGAGCCACCGCCAGAGAACAAAAACCCCUUUGAAACUGUGAAAAGGUUCUCUCUUGAUGAGCGGAGCAUGCCAUCCAAGCAAGAUUCUGAUUCUAGUACCAACAGUGACCUCUCUGAUAUGAGUGACUCUGAGGAGCAGCUGCACACCAAAGCUUGCCUGAGGGGAAUCCCAGAGCAUUUGAUUGGAAAACUGGGUCCCAAUGGUGAGCGGAACGUUGCAUUGCUAAUGUGCAAGGGAAAAGGGAAGCAAACCCCCAAAGGCAGGCCUCGCACAGCUCCCCUCAAAGUUGGCCAGUCUGUACUGAAAGACAUGAGUAAGGUGAGGAAGCUGAAGCAGUCAGGGGAACCAUUUCUCCAGGAUGGAUCCUGCAUCAAUGUGGCUCCUCACCUGCACAAAUGCCGAGAAUGCCGUCUGGAACGCUACCGGAAGUUCAAAGAACAGGAACAGGAUGACUCCACUGUGGCUUGCCGCUUCUUUCACUUCCGCAGACUGAUAUUUACUCGGAAGGGCAUUCUACGAGUGGAGGGCUUCUUGAAUCCGCAGCAGAGUGACUCUGAUGCUAUGAGUUUGUGGAUCCCAUCAUGUUCUCCUGCUGAGGGAAUUGACCUAGAGACCUCUAAAUAUAUCUUGGCCAAUGUUGGGGACCAGUUCUGUCAGCUUGUUAUGUCAGAGAAGGAAGCAAUGAUGAUGGUGGAGCCACAUCAGAAAGUGGCCUGGAAAAGGGCUGUACGUGGUGUGAGGGAAAUGUGUGAUGUGUGUGAAACAACACUCUUCAAUAUUCAUUGGGUGUGCCGCAAAUGUGGCUUUGGAGUAUGUCUUGAUUGUUAUCGUCUCAGGAAAAGCCGUCCACGCACUGAAGCGGAGGAUAUUGGUGAUGAAGAAGUUUUUUCAUGGCUGAAAUGUGCAAAGGGUCAGUCACAUGAACCAGAGAACCUCAUGCCAACACAGAUCAUCCCUGGCACAGCACUGUAUAAUAUUGGAGACAUGGUUCAUGCAGCACGUGGCAAAUGGGGAAUCAAAGCUAACUGUCCCUGCAUUAACCGACAAAACAAAUCUGUGUUGCGACCUGCUGUUACCAAUGGGAUUUCACAGCAGUUACCCAGUAUGAAUCCUGGUGCCUCAACCUCUGCAAAUGAAAGCACAUUGUCUAGUGUCACAGCAACAACAGAAGGUGGGCAGCCCGAAGCCAAUGUUGUCCCUAAGUCUGAAGCUGCAGAAGGUGGAACUGAAGAAUCUGUCAAGACAGAGGUUCCCACAACCAGCAGCAGUGCGGAAACAAAACCAAGCAAGUCACUGUGCCCUGAAGCCAGUCCUUCAUCAGCAUUGCACUGGCUUGCAGAUUUAGCAACCCAGAAGGCAAAAGAGGAGACAAAAGAAGCAGGUUCGCUGAGGUCAGUGCUCAAUAAAGAAUCCCAGUCCCCUUUUGGAUUGGAUUCCUUCAAUUCCAGUACAAAGGCAUCCCCUUUAACCCCAAAACUGUUCAAUAGUCUUUUGCUGGGCCCUGUGGCCACGAGCAACAAGACAGAAGGUUCCAGUCUUCGUGAUUUGCUUAACUCUGGCCCAGGAAAGCUUCCCCAGGCCUCACUUGAUACAGGAAUCCCUUUUCCUCCAGUCUUUUCUGGAGCUUCCACUGGGGGCAAGAGCAAAGCCAGUUUGCCCAACUUCCUCGAUCAUAUUAUUGCCUCUGUGGUAGAAAAUAAGAAGACCUCAGACACAACCAAGCGAUCAAGCAAUUUGGCUGAUACGCAUAAAGAAGUGAAAGAAAUGGUAAUGGGAUUAAAUGUGCUAGACCCACACACUUCCCAUUCUUGGCUUUGUGAUGGAAGGCUUCUGUGUCUUCAUGACCCCAGCAACAAAAACAACUGGAAAAUCUUCAGGGAGUGUUGGAAACAGGGUCAGCCUGUUCUAGUUUCUGGUGUUCAUAAGAAGCUGAAGGCUGAACUUUGGAAACCAGAGGCAUUUAGCCAGGAAUUUGGAGAUCAAGAUGUAGAUCUGGUCAACUGUAGAAACUGUGCCAUAAUUUCAGAUGUUAAAGUGCGUGACUUCUGGGACGGUUUUGAAGUCAUUUGUAAGCGCCUUAGAGCAGAUGAUGGGCAGCCUAUGGUAUUGAAAUUAAAAGACUGGCCUCCAGGAGAAGAUUUCAGAGACAUGAUGCCUACUAGAUUUGAGGAUCUAAUGGAGAACCUUCCUCUUCCAGAAUAUACUAAAAGGGAUGGAAGAUUGAAUCUGGCAUCUAGGUUGCCAAGCUACUUUGUGCGACCUGACCUGGGUCCUAAAAUGUACAAUGCAUAUGGACUGAUAACUGCAGAAGACAGAAGAGUUGGUACCACCAAUUUGCACUUGGACGUAUCAGAUGCUGUUAACGUUAUGGUGUAUGUUGGAAUCCCCGUGGGAGAGGGUGCUCAUGAUGAUGAAGUGCUAAAAACUAUUGAUGAGGGAGAUGCUGAUGAUGUUACAAAACAGCGAAUCCAUGAAGCAAAAGAAAAACCAGGAGCAUUGUGGCACAUCUAUGCUGCGAAGGAUGCAGAGAAGAUCAGAGAGCUUCUACGGAAGGUUGGUGAAGAACAAGGACAAGAAAACCCUCCAGAUCAUGAUCCAAUUCAUGACCAAAGCUGGUACUUGGACCAGAACCUACGUAAACGUCUGUAUGAGGAGUAUGGAGUUCAAGGCUGGGCAAUAGUGCAGUUCCUGGGAGAUGCUGUAUUUAUUCCUGCAGGAGCCCCUCACCAGGUCCAUAACUUGUAUAGCUGCAUUAAAGUAGCAGAAGAUUUUGUAUCUCCUGAACAUGUAAAACACUGCUUCCGCCUGACCCAGGAGUUCAGGCACCUGUCUAACACACACACAAACCAUGAGGACAAGCUGCAGGUGAAGAACAUUAUCUACCAUGCAGUGAAAGAUGCUGUUGGCACCCUGAAAGCUCAUGAAUCCAAGCUGGCCCGGUCAUAGGGACUGUUGGUUCCCAACCCUCUUCUGGAGUCAUGUUUUUUGCUCACAGUAUGGAAGGGGAAUGCACGUGCCUGCUUCUGCAGGAGCCAGAGGCCUCUCCUUAAGAGAUGUUAUGGCAUUCCUUGCACUCUACAGCCAUUGUCUUCUGUGCUGCCUCAAUACUGAACGUCUAAAAAAGGUCACCAUAACACAGGAUUUCUGACUAGUGAAAGGUGGCGUGUCCCUUUCCUGUGGCCUUUUGCAAAUUUAAAUUGUAUGGAAGCCAUGUGGUUUUCCUGCAUAUUAUGAAAUAGAAAGUGUGAACCUUUUCAUGCCUAGUUAGUCUUUCCAAGAAGUUAGAGAGGAUGAUGUGAAGAUGGACAUUCUUAUUGCAGAUUGAAAUAGUUAACUCUGAAUGUGUGUGGCCACCAGAAGCCCAGCUACCAAAACACAGGUGUUAGUCCUCCUGAAUCUGUCACAGGCCAAGGGAAAAAAAAAGAAAUUGUUCUUCAUGCUCCCCUUAACAGUUCUCUGUACACUGUAGAGACACAGAAAAGAAAAGAAAAAAAAGAAACCACUGUUUUUCCUAGAUGGCUCCAGGAUUUUUAAAUUGUGUAUUUAGUGAGAAACUAGGUUUGUAGUGAAACAGUAUUUCAUGAAAGUAGAUAUUUUUAGAAUUUGAAAUACAGCAAAUCUUCCUGGAUUACAAAGAAAGGCAUGUUGCAUUUAGUCUUCCUUUCAAUAAAAUCUUUCAGGAAAUAGAAAUCAAUCUAGAAUAGCACAAUUGGCCAGAAGAGAAUGCAAAGAAAUUGAUUUCCAACACCAGUUUCCACAAAGACAAGUAAAGGGGGAGAAAGAACUGUUACGUUUUGGAGAUGUUGUACAUCUCUCCCUAAAUAGCUAAACAAGGCAAUAGUUCACUGUUCGUCAGUUUUAGAUUGGGACUACUACUACUACUCAGAUCUAAUUUUCAAUAUCGGCUUUGCCCAGAAAUCUUUUCAAUAAAAUGUUCCUGCUUGAUAGAGUUGUGUUGAAAGUUGUCACCAUUGAACUGAUGGAUUCCAUUGUUUGACUGUUCAUUGGGACUAUAUUAUCUACCUUCUAUCCAGCUGUACUGUAGUGCCACCUGCAGGCCUGUUAAUAUGUUCACGGUUAUUUCAUUUUUUAAAAAAUAAAAGUCAUUUACUGUAGAAUCUUUUUUAAGCUACACUGUAUCUAUGCAUGAGGAUUGUGGUGGGGUUGAAGGAGGAAGGGGUGUGUGCACACACAUUUGCUGUGCUUCUGAAAUUCUCUGCCCACUCUCUCCUCCAAACCCAAGAGCUAUAUUAACACAUAUUUCUAUGUUCACACAACUAUAAAGUUUGGUGCACCAUUUCACUUCACUGUGUUCUAGUCAAAUUCCUUUUCUAAGCAAGAUGCAAAAUGGCAAAAUGACCAAACCAGAAUGUUAGCCAAGCAGUUAUCAAACUGCUUGUAUUUAUUCUUAUGCCUGCUGAUAUAACCAAGAUUAUAUCUUAGAAUUCACCCCAAAUUCUCAACAUUAACCUUUUACAAGUUGCUGUGAAACAGAAAGGUGGUACCUGUUGAUCUGAAAGAACCUGGGAUGAAAAAACAGUCAUCACCCACAUCUGUUUAUAACACUUCAUCACUUAUACCAUAUGUGUUUUAUUUGCACAGUUUAUCUGACGUGCAAUGCCUCUUCAAAGUCACUCCAUUUUCACUUUCAAAGGCCUGGAAAAUAUCCUGCAAUCACUUAGCAGCUGUAAGCAGUUGGCAGUCUCUCACUCUCAGGAAACUAGUAACUUUCACAUACCUCCUUGUCUUGUGUAGUAAAUGUGGUGGUCUUUUCUGGAGUUAUUUAUAGGGGUGCUUUGACUCUGGAAGACUAUUUUAUACUUCCAAUAGUAAUAUAUUCCUUAGAAACUGAAAGAUAGGUAACCCUAAGAGUUGAGCACAUAGUCUGAACAUUGAUUUUUCAUGUUAACAUGGUCAUGAUAUGUAGAAAACAAAGCUUAGCUCUGACACACAUCAUAAUAGACAAGCCAAGCUUUUAUGGUGUUUUUAAAAUGCUUGCUUAAGAGAUUCUAAAUUUAAUAAUCUUACCACUAGCUCAUUUACUCUUUCCAUGUUGAGCAUCUAGAGCUACUUGCUUGUGAAACUGGGUUGGUAUGGGGCCAGAACAUCUCCCAUGAUUUCAUCAUGGAGUAACCUCAUCUGCCAGAUGUUACUGUACUAUUUCUUUGAGUUUUUCCUAUGGGAUUCCUUUUUCUGUUGAUGUUUUCCUGCUUAGUAAUUUUCUCAAGAAGCAGUUGCAUUGUAUUCUACAAGUAGCUUUGUUUCACAGUAACAAUAUGUAAUAUUUGUAAAAGCAAACGUCUGAAGUGUGUCCGAGUUAGUUUUCAUUUUUCAAAAUUAUAAACAAAAAUAAAUUAUUUGCAGUCAUAAGUAUAAGCAGCACUUUCCACUUAAAUAAUUGUGAAUAUCAUUGCCAUUUCCUUGAAAAAUACUGUAACUGCAAAAUACUUGAGUUACUAUUAUAGCUUUUAUAUUUAGUAUCUCAAAAUAAUUUUGUAAGAAAGGCAAAACUAGGCUGGUUCCAGAUGUGUUAAUUUUUAAAAAAUAGAAGUUUAUACAUAAUUCAGAGUUAUUGUUAUAGUAACCAUGGACGACUGUGCUUCAAAGCAGAAUAUAUAUAUAUAUGUCUCUGCAGCUGUUCCAGUUGUGGUGCUACAUAAAUAGGGCAACAAUGCACAUUUCUAAUGGAUACUGCAGCUUUAUCCUAUUAAUCUGGUGACACACAUUUUAAAGCUGCAGUUAAAAUAUAUUUUUUAAAAGGGAAAGAAAACAUCCCAUUUUAAAAGGAGGAUGGCAAGCAAAAAACCUUUCGAGUCAGGCAGGCUUUUGGUAAUUGCUGAGCAGGGAGCUUUUCAUAGGUGGGUACUGUAUUGUCUUUAAUGAUGUACAUUUAAAUUGUUUAAUUGUGUUGUGUGUUUAUUUGUUGUUUUUAAGUUUAUAAUCUUUGUGGGUUUUAUCUGCACCUUUUAAAUGUGAGUUGCCUUGAAAGUUAGUUUUGAGAGAAAGGUGAAAUUUAAAACCAAAUAAAAUAAACAGCAAAAUUGUUUGCACACUUA